AAAAAAAAAUUACUCUUUCCAAAACAACAAAUAGGAAACAAAACAAUGAAAACAAUGGCUUCUUUUUGGUUGAAGUUAUUCUCUCUAGGUCUAAUAUGCCACAAUUGUAUUGCUAGACCAACUCUGAAUCAGGAAACCGAAUUCGAAUGCGUCUCAAUGUACGAACAAUCAGCACUACAACACCCUCUAAUGAAGAAUCACCGAAUACAGACUAGAUUAAGUCGAGAGCUUUUAUCAAUGCUCUCUACUUCUAGGGAUGACACAGCGAGAAGGAUUGUUUUGAAGGGAUCAGAAGAAUGCCCUAAAGGACAAGUACCGAUUCACAAACCAAAAACCAAUAAUAAUCAAAUCCAUCCAAAACAAUUUAUUAAAGCAGGCCGGCUCCUCAAAGAAGCUCGUGGGGUUAAAAAGAGGGGAACAAACAAGCUACGCACAAAAAAAUAUAAAAAUAAACAUACCUAUUCCACCACUAUGUCCCAAAAAAACAAAAAGCGUCACUACACGCCAAAAAUAUUUAGGGAGUACAAUGAUUAUUAUGCAAUUAUCAGGACUUUUGAAAAUACGACAAAAAAAUGGCGUGGAGCACAAGCAUUGUUCAAUAUAAACAAGCCGCAAGUGGCGCGAGAUCAAUAUAGUAAGGCUUGGAUUUGGCUUAAUUACAUACGAAUGAACGUAAGAAGCAGCAUUCAGUUUGGUGUGGCUGUGCAUACAAAACUAUAUCAAGAUGACCGUCCAAGACUUACGACAUAUUGGGUGUCAGGAAAAGAACACGAUGGAUGUUACAAUGCGUUAUGCCCAGAAGGUUACGUCCAAGUUCAUAAAUCAAUCUACCCUGGUAUGGUUUAUGAUAAAUUCAGUGUUCCAGGAGGACAACAACACACUGUUCAUCUUUCUGUUGCCGAGGAUCCAGUGACCAAAAAUUGGGUCUUGACGAUAGGAACCAUAAUGAUAGGCUAUUGGCCACUUCAAACUUACAUGGAAGAAGGAGCUUCUGAAGUUUACUUCGGUGGAUUUGCUGGAACUACAUUGCCUGACACCCUAAGCCCACCAAUGGGAACCGGAGAUUUUCCCACAAAAGAUUUGACUCGGUCUUGUUUCAUGAAACAACUUAAAUAUGUUCUUUCCGAUUAUACACUAGAAGAUAUUAAUUCCAACGAGAUUGAACAUUAUGUUGACAAUCCUAAGUGUUAUGGCGUAAUGUUUCUUAAGUAUGUAGAUUUUGAUUCCAGAGAAACUCUUACGUUUGGAGGACCUGGUGGGCAUUGUCGUACGUGAUGGAUCCACUUUAUUAAACUGGAAGGCUCAGGUUAGUAGUAGGGACUAACCAAUCUGGUACUACAAUGUUAACAUGUGAGAAACAUGUAUCUCGGGAUCGGGCUCCUUUCGCCAGAGCAUCCGUCCGGACAUUACAAUUACGAGUUAGCUAGGAUCCUUGCUAUUCGAGCUAUUUGUGGUCUCCAAGUUAGCUAGGAUCCAGUUUUUUUGUUCCUGCGUAGCCGUCUCUAUCGUAUCCGAGGGAGUAAUGUCUUUAUCAUUAAAGACUUUUUCGUUCCGUGCUUUCCACAAGUACCACAUGAACCAUGGAAACACGUGUUUUUGAUUUUCCCUUGUCCCAUUAUUUCUUGCCCUUGUCAGCAGAUAAUCGAUAUUAGAAAACAGAGCAUCGCUCGGGAAAACGCUCGGAAUAGUCUGAAUUGGAGAUAGCGUCCAGCAUUGCAGCGACUGUGGGCAUUGGAAGAAUAGAUGGUUAUUCUCAGCAAUUCUUGUGUGGAAAUAAUUGGGAUCUAUAUAUCGUUCAAAUUUUAAACAUAUACUUAAACAGAACUUUCAUAUGUUAUCAUCGUCAAUGCAAAGUCUUCGACCGUAUGUAUGUUAUAAUUAC